UGCCGCCGGCUCGGGGCGGGGGCGGGGCGAGGCGCGGGCGCCUGGCGCGCAUCUCUGCAAACUUUGCUGUGCGUCCCCAGCCCCCGAGCCCGCCGGAGGGAGCCUGGCAUCUGCCUGUCACCUGCGAGGAUGUCCACGGACGAGGUCUACGUCUUCCGUCCCUUCAAGCUCAUUGCCUUGUUCUGCGUUUUCAUCGCCCUCGCCUUGGACGUGGUGGCCCUGCUGAGUCCCGCCUGGGUCACUUCCGAGCACUACUCGCUGUCCCUGUGGGAGGCGUGCAAGCAGUCCACGGAUGUGUGGCACUGUCUGUCCACCUUAAAGACAGACUGGCAAGUAGCUACUCUGGUGCUAAUCCUAACAGCAGCUACCAUUACCUUGUUGUCAUUUCUUGUCUCCCUAAUCUCCUUCUGCCUGGGGACCUAUAGGCGAUAUUACAGAAUUGUCGCUGUUCUCCUCUUUGCUGCAGUGGUCCUGCAGGUCUGCGCUUUGAUUCUCUAUCCAAUCAAAUUCAUCGACAGCAGCAUGCUGAGGAGCUACCAUGAGUUCAACUGGGGGUAUGGCCUGGGCUGGGGAUCUGCCAUCUUCAUGCUGGGUGCAGCCAUCCUUUACUGCCUGCGCACAGACAUUUAUGAGGAUGCCUAUUACUAAGGCAAGCAGAGGAAGUGACUGGCCACAUCAUAUCAUUGAACUACUAUUAGAUUGACUGGACCAGAGUGGGAGGGGCAGGAGGGUAGGAAAGGGAGUUAGUGGAUCCACAAGACAUCGAAACACAAGCUUGGCAGCAAGUAGACAAAAUUAAUGAAAGGUGGACAUGAAGAUGUGGAAGUGGAUGCUCAUCAAGAGGUUGGGGAAAUAUGGAACAAAAUGGGCUAUAGCUCAUCAGUCCUAGUCUGUCUCUCAUGCAUUUCCCUUCUUUUUUAACACAGGGAAGUAGCAUGUCCUGCCUUUUAGAGCAUGGCUUACAUUGGUUAAGAGGGACAUCUUUGCUUUUAUUUUGAUAUAUUUUCACAUCCCUGGUGCUCUAGAAAUAAUAUACUAUUUGGGUCUUUUUAAAACUUAUUUGUAAGGCACGAGUUGGGAGUGUAAUCAUUUGGUUUUGGGGAAGCUUUUAGAUGAAGGCAUGCAGAGUUUGCAUCUCCUUUUGGGGUCUUCUCUGCAUAAUGUGUUCUGAUGUGGAAAAGAAUAAAUUAAAGAACCUGCCACAGCCUGUAUACACAUUUCUUUCAGAGAUUUUAAUGGCUUGGGUGACCUAGUCACUGCAGGGUAUGAAGAGAGGCCAGAGUUGAAAAGGUCUGGGAUGUAAAUAGGCAUGAAGUGCAGAUUAAGCUCUUUGGAGCUAACAUGUGAAGCAGAUGCAGCAAAGGGGUCCUGCAAAAUGUUCAUUCCUGAAAUAAUUUUGAGAUUUGUAGCCUGAAUUAUUUUAGUCCAUGUUGAUCAAAGGACUUUUUUUCUUUAAAAAAAAAAUCAGGGGGAAACCUGCAAUCUGGUUUAAUGGCAAUUUAAAUAGCAUUGCCACAAACCAACGGAAGCACCCAAAUUAGGACAGUUACUGCAAAACCUGUGUUGCCACAGCCCCACUGAUAUAAGGAAGUAGCAAUUGGCAGGACAUGAAUUUGUAUCAUAUUCAUAAACCAAGGCUGAGUUGUAACAGUGCCCUCAACUAGAAGUGUAGGGUGUGUGACCUAAGCUUUUUACUAUAUUACAGCUAAUGUAGGUCAGUUACAAAUUGCUGUUUCCAUGGAUUUGCAUUGCAUGCACUGAAAAUGUGUGUGGAUUAUUCCUUUUGAAAUAUUCCUGGUUAACAUGCAAUCCACGUCCCAAACAGUUUUCUUAUGGUUUAUGUCAGGGGCAUCAAACAUACAGCCUGCAGGCCAAAUCCAGCCCACAGAGCCAUAUGAUCUGCCCUGCAGGUUCAUGUGCCAGCCCUGCAUGCUGCAUGUGGGCUGGACCCCAUGCCUCAUGUGCUGCAAGCUGCGCGGGGGGUUGGUCUGGGGUAGUGCAUGCAGCCCGCACCCUGGACAUCUGUCAUGUGCAGUGCUGGGUCCACCCUGCACUCCAUGGGCAGCAUGCGCCUCAUGCCAGCCUCAGGGGAUGUGGGCACAGCAAGCCCCUGACCCAGUGCGUGCUGCAUGUGGCAUGUGGGGCUGUGCCCUGGACCACACUCCUGUGCUGCCUGCAACGCUGGAUUCAGUUUGCAUGCCGCGGGCAGUGUGCGCCUUGUGCUGGCCUGGGGGGCUGGAGCAUGCUGUUUGCGGCAGACAGGCUGGAUCUGACACUGUGGCUACUCCACAGGAGUCUCUGUCUCUGUUCAGCCCACAGACUGGCCCAGGAAUGCUCCUCUAGCUUACAGGGUUGGAUGAGUUUAACACCCUUGGUUUAAGUAGAACACUAUUUUUAAAUGGGCAAUGUAAAAUCAAAGUUAAAUCAUGCAAGGUAAAAAGUUCCUGUAGUUUCCCAUCAGCUAACUGAAAGCCCAAUUAUCUACUAUGAACCCGAUUUUAUUCCACCUAUUCAGCCCCUAAGUAUGAUCCUAUUCCACCUUGGAAAACUAUUCAUGACAAGAUAGAUGUGUCUUCCUCCUGCUCACUGCUUUUUGUGACUUAAUUUUAAGGCUAAUAUGAUGGAGUGUUAAAAAAACAGGCACAUCAAUAUUUUUGCAGAGAUCUGAGCCAGGUGGGAUAGGACCACAGUUAGGCAUUUAGGUUCAGUUGUAUACCUAAUAUAUGUAAUAGGAUCUGGGCUUGUGUGUGUAAAUAGGAACUUGCAUUCACUAGUUUUCAUGAACAGUUUUAAAGGGUUCCUUGAAAACCCUAGUCCCACUGUAACAUUACUAGAAAAACUACUCUAUCAGCAUUGAUGCAUUAUUAAUUUUUCACUUGGGAAUGUGAGAAACAAUUGCAUAUAAAUCAAUGCCUGGCAAUAUAUUCAGGAGGUCCCCAUAAGUGCUCACCAAAUUCACUCUUACUGUGGCUUCUCAAUCCUCAUGGUCCACAUGUUUAGUCAACUUCAAUAUUGUCCCCUUAAGAUGAGUACAAAAAGGAGCAAAAUUGGAACAAAUGUGUUUUAAGUUAUUUGACACUACACUAUGGUAAAGCAAAGCAACAGCUCCACUGUGUGGCCAGAGUCAGAAUCUGUACUAUAAAAUCAGUGCAAGUCAUCAGUGGAGACCCAUGCCAAAGGGGGCGAGGACAUACAGGAUAAUAUCAUUACUACACACAGGAUAUAUAACAGUGUUUGUUGCUGUGGCAACUGCAUCCCUACAGCAGGGCAAGAAGAAACAGUCCCUUUUACCUGAGAGUCUUAUCAUCUAAAAAAAAAAAGAGAGACAAAUGAUGGAAGAAUGGGAUUCAGCAUUGUUCAGUUGUGGUAUUGCACCAGUUGAGAAUACUGUGAGGGAAGAGGAAUCCUGACAACGAACCUUGUGAAUUUAUUUUGACUUACUCUAUUCCCCAUAACUCUUUAAAUUUCAGCUCCUAAAAUUAAUCUUCUCUACCCUCUUCACACCACCAAAUCCUUACCUAAAUGGCUGGCUACAUCCUUGAACCUUCUAUCCCAAAGUUAGUGAUUCCCAUUCCCACAAGUCUUCAGCCAAAUGUCACCUGCCUUUUUUAUAAAGGCAGAGAACAAGCUUUGACAUGAAUGUAUUUCAAAGAGAUGAGAGGCAGCUGAAUAAGGAUUUAUGAAUAACUGGGUUUCUGGUUUAUGAGCCAUAUCAAAAACAAAUUAUUCUGGUUUACAUGUCAAGGUGAAAAGCAAACUCCACCCCUCCAAAUGUAAAAAAUAUGCUUUUGUUCCAUAUAAAACAUUUUUAAAAUUUGGCUUUGGGUUUUAUUUUAAAUUAAUGGAAUUAAUGGAAAUUUAACAUUAAAUUAAACAUAAUUUGGAAAUGAAUCAGUUUUGGUCAACAUUUUUGAAAAAAAAAUUACUCCCUUGAAUUGUUUCCUUUUUUUUUGGCUGAAACAUUAUGAUAAUUUUAAUGCAAAUCUGCAAGUUGUUCAGUUGACCCAAAUAUGCAGUUUUCAGUGAAAAGAGUUGCCUAGCUCUGGUGAACAGUGUGCUCCUGGGCUCUUGGCCAGCAAGGCUCCUUCCACUCUCUGUUUUUCCUACUGCUGUCUUUGUCAGCAUGAAUUUGAGAUGGCUUCAUUAUUUACAAAGAGGAUAAAUCUACCCUGACCAGCCCCAAACUUAAGACUUCUUAAAGCUGUUAGCAAUAAUGAAAAGAUUGGGGCCACACCAUGGUGUGCAGGGUUUUAGAAGUAUGGAUCUGUUUUAGCCAUCUGAUGUGCUUUGUGCUAAAGUGAUGAACUAGGGUACAGAAUUGUGUGUGAUCUUAAUUGUACAUUUCCAUAACCUUUUACUCUUGGUAUUUUAUCAUUUAAACUGUGCUUUAGAAUUAACUGGCUUUCUAGUGUUUUCAAAAAUAAAAUGCAAUUUUAAAAUGUC